AUGGAGGGCCAAAAAUGGGAGCUGAUGGAAGGAGGAUUCCCCAAACUCAGGGUCUUGACUUUGGAAUUCGCAAAGAUUGUUGAGUGGACGGAGACAGACCCUGACAGUGAUGAUUACUUCCCGUGCCUUCAGCAACUAAAACUCCACGGAAUUUAUAAUUUGGAAAUGAUGCCUUCUUGUUUAGGGCGUAUAUCUACUCUUGAAACAAUUCAGGUGGCGCGUUGCGGAGAUGGUGUCAAAUCUUCAAUACGGGAAAUUGAAGAAGCACAGAAAUAUUAUGGAAAUGAGAAUCUAAAGAUCAUCAUAUAG